GUGGGGCCUCACUGAGGUCUCUCCUCUGCUUUAGUUGUUUUCUCCUUCCAGCUCAAGUUCAGUGUUUACAUAAGUUCCUCUCCCUAUCUGCAGCCUACAAGUCUAAUUCUGUUUAAGAAAAUCCUGACAAAGUCCUGACAAAUUUAGAAAAACAUACUCAAGCUUAUUCAGAUGUCAAAAACACUCUUCUUAAAACACCAAAAUGUUAGUAAAAUCUUAUGUAAUAUUAACACAGCUGCUGUCAUUGAAUUUGGUCCUUCUAUUGCAGUACGUCAAUCUCCUCUUGCUGGGCCCUUUCUCAGUUUCUGGUUUCGUUUCUUGCUUAAGCAAAGGGUUUAAAGAGUAGUCCAGGUUUUCCUCUCUCUAAAGUAACCCAGACUUACCACCACUACAGAGGCAGCAGCAGAGAUGGAGAUCAAUCUUAGACCAUAUCAGGAAGAGGUGGUGCAGACAGCACUGAAAGGGGAGAACAGCAUCAUCUGGCUGCCCACUGGUGGAGGAAAAACCAGAGCAGCAGUCUAUGUCACAAAGAAACACCUGGAGACCAAAACCAAUGCCAAAGUGGCAGUGCUUGUCAAUAAGGUGCACCUGGUAGACCAGCAUUAUGAAAAAGAAUUCCGGCCUUACCUUGAAAAAAAAUACAAAAUAGUGGCCAUCAGUGGAGAUAGUGAUGAGAAAGACUUCUUUGGAAAUGUGGUCAGGAAAUCAGACCUGGUCAUCUGCACUGCUCAGAUCUUGGAGAAUGCCCUGACCAACAUGGAGGAGGACAAACAUGUGGAGCUCACAGACUUCACCCUGCUGGUCAUUGAUGAGUGUCACCACACACACAAGGAUAACGUAUAUAACAAGAUUAUGGGCCGCUAUGUGGAAAUGAAAGUUAGAAAGGAAAAUAAUCUGCCUCAGAUUUUGGGCCUCACAGCAUCACCUGGCACUGGGAGAAAUAGGACGCUAGAUAAAGCUGUUGAACAUGUCCUGCAGAUCUGUGCCAAUCUGGAUUCUGCAAUUGUGUCCACCAAGAAUUCUUUGCCAGUGCUGCAAAGUGUUGUCCCCAAACCCAGAAAGAUAUAUGACAUUGUUGAAAAAAGAGAUAAGGAUCCAUUUGGGGAUCACCUGAAGUUGAUGAUGUCAAUGAUUCAUGAGUUCAUGCCGUCAGAGGCGAGUUUAAGCCUGCGAGAGGUGGGCACACAGGAUUAUGAAGCUGAUGUUGUGGAACUGGAAAAAAAAGGUGUACAGAAGGAGAACAGAUUGAUCGCUCAGUGUGCUCUGCACCUGCGGCAAUACAAUGACGCUCUUCUCAUUAAUGACACUGUUCGCAUGGUGGACGCGUUCCGGGUUCUAAGCGAGUUCUACAAUUCAAGGCAAUACAACUUGUUGGAUGGAACUGAUUUCUUUCUGCAGGGGCUUUUUGAAGAGAACCGUGUGGAGUUAUGGCAGCUGACAUCGGAUGCCCGCUACGAAAACCCCAAACUGGCCCGGUUGCAGCAGACGAUGGUAGAACAGUUUAAGGACCAAGACUCUCGUGGUAUCCUCUUCGCAAAGACCCGCAGGGGCACCCACUGUCUGUUUGACUGGGUGAACUCCAACCCUGAGCUGCAGAGGGUCAAUAUACGUGCUGGCAUUCUCACUGGAGCGGGCACUGGUGCUAACCACAUGACCCAGAGAGGACAGAAGGACACUAUUAAAACAUUUAGAGAUGGAGGCCUCAACCUCCUAAUCUCUACCAGUGUUGCUGAGGAAGGACUUGAUAUUCCUGAAUGCAAUGUGGUUGUACGUUAUGGGCUGUUGACCAAUGAAAUCGCUCAGCAGCAGGCCAGUGGGCGGGCUCGAGCUCUGAAUAGUGUCUACUCAGUGGUGGCUGAAAAAGGUGGGCGUGAGAUACGCAGGGAACUCACCAAUGAAUAUCUAGAAAAGCUGACUGCACAAGCUAUUGACCGAGUGCAGAGCAUGACUCCCAGGGAGUUCCGACGGAAGAUAUCAGAGCUUCAACACACAGCUGUAAUGAUUCUGAUCCAGGCUGAGAGGAACAUGAAAGAGAAAAAGACACGCUACAAUCCUACUCAGGUGCAACUUCAAUGCAGAGGUUGCUUCACGCCUGUCUGCUGUGGAGCAGAUAUAAGACACAUAGAGAAUUCACACCAUGUUAACAUCAGUCCUCAUUUUGAGACGUAUUAUAAAGCAGGUGGGAAGGUAUUUCUGGAAAGGAGUUUUGAAGACUGGGAGCCUGGACGUGUUAUCCACUGCAAUCACUGCGGAAAGGACUGGGGAAUGGAGAUUAAAUUCAAGAAAGUGGCAAUACUUCCCUGUUUGAAAAUAAAGAGCUUUUCCUUGAAUACUCCUCGGGGUAAAUUCACACACAAGCAGUGGAAGGACGCUGAGUUCCAAGUGGAAGAGUUUGACUUUAUUCAGUACAUGACUAGCCGUUUCCCUGACCUGAACUUAGAAAAUGACGACUGACAAGCCAAUCAUACUUGAAGUACUAAUGAACUCACUAACAGAUAUUGUGUCUGUUGUGUGUGUGUGUGUGUGUGUGUGCGUAUGUGUGUGCAUGUGGGUUUAUUUAGCUAUACAGUUGCUAAUUCUAACAAAACCUCCCUUUGGGGACAUGAGGGGCAUCCUCACUUGGAUAAAUGAUUCAUGAAUGCAGCAAAUAAUCAUUUUAAUAAUUUUUGUUUUUAAUUAUUAGUUUUAUUAUAAAAAAAUGCAAAAAGCUUGGGUAAGGGUUUUUUAGGAUUAGUUUGUAGUCAUUAUAAUUAGUGUAAUAUAUAUAUAUAUAUAUAUAUAUAUAUAUAUAUA